AUGGCCGAAGUGCUCUUCAAGUCCGACAGUGAGCGCUGGAAUGCUGUCCGCGCUCGCGAUCCGCUGGCGGACGGCUGCUUCGUCUACUGCGUGAAGACUACAAAGAUCUUCUGCAGGCCGAUAUGCAAAGCCAGACUCGCAAGACGCUCCAAUGUAGAGUUUUUUGCGACAACAUCUGAGGCAAUAGAAGCUGGCUACCGAGCCUGCAAGCGAUGCAAACCUGAGCUGGACAUAUACAUUCCCGAAGGCGAACAGAGCAUCUUCAAGAUCCAGAGACUUCUGGAAGAUCUUCCUGAAGGCGCACCUCUGCCAAAACUGGAAGUGCUGGCAUCAGAAGCUGGUCUGACAAAAUAUCACUUCCAUCGCAGUUUCAAAAAGGCGACAGGCAUGACUCCGAGGGAAUAUGCCCUGUCGAGAAGACGAGCUCGA